AUGAUACAUUACGAUUAUAAUAAAACUGUUGCCAGCGAAAUUUCUCCUCAAGAAUUUUAUCCUUCUUUUGACACAGCAGAUGGCAAUAAUAAUGACAAUAACAACAAAUACAACGAAUCUUUUGAUACAGAAAAUCUUCUUAAUAUUAAUUCGGCGAAUAACUACGACAGUAUAAUUGAAUUUUCCCCCUCAGAUCUUCUUAAUUCAAUGAAUAACAACCAUAACAACGAUAAUGACAAUAACAACAAAUACACACCAAUAACAUUAACAUUACCUAAUAGAGGUAGAGCAAAAAAUUUAUUAAGAAAUUAUUAUGGAUUAGGUCCAGAUGGCAAAAAAGCCGAUCCUUUAGAUAUAGAUAAUGCUGGAUUUGAUACAGAGAAAUAUUUUAAAGGUUUACUUGGUGAAAAACAUUUAAAUGAAUUAAUGCAAAGAGAUAAUGAUUUGAUCACAGAAAUUAGACAGCUUAAUGGAGAUAUGAAAACUUUGAUGAAAAAUAAUGUUGAAAAUAUGGAAUCGGGAAUAAAACAGCUUUCAAGUAAUAUGUCAAAUAUUACAAAUAUAUGUGAUUCAUUAAAUUCAUCUUUAAGUUCUAGAAGAGAUAGGAUGAUUCAAUUAACUAGAGUCCAUGAUCUAUUAAAAAAGUCAUAUUCAAAAGCAGUAAUUUAUUAUGUAAAAACCACAAAGAUAUUAGAAUAUUAUAGAGAAUUAACAAUUUUCAAUUCAAUUGAAAAUGAAUGUAAAGAAAUUAUGAAAAAAAUUAUUAAAAAUAUAAGAGAAAAUAUGACAAAAAAUGAUGCAACUGGAGAUGAAAUAAUGGAAAAUAUGAUAUUAUUAUUGGCAUUAAAAGAAUCUACAAAAGAAUUAGCAAAAGAAUAUUUAAAACUAGAAGAGAUUAAAAGAGAUUUAUCGGAAUUCGUUAAUUUAAUAUCAAAUGAAUAUUUUGAUAUUGUAAAAAAUUUAUUAGAGUUACCAAAUAAUUUAAAUGAUUUUAAACCAACAAUACACCUCAAUUUAUUAAACAACCUUUAUUGUUCAAUAAAAUCAUGUAAUGGAUUAUCUAGUAUUGGUAACUUAAAUGAUAGAGUUAUUAUUAUGAUCAAUGAAAAUCAAACUAAAGUAUUUAGUAAAUUAUUUGGAAGAGCUAACGAUAUUAUUAUCGAUAAAUUUAUUAAUUAUAACGAUAGUGGUGGUAGUGAUGAUAAUAUCAAUUUAUUAAAGUUUAUAAAUAAAAUGGAAUAUGAGCUUAUAAAUUAUUUAACUGGAACUUGUUUAAGGUUAUUAGAGGAGUAUGUUAAAUCUGAUAUAAUUAUAGUAGAUGAAAAGAUUGAAUCACAAAAUAUGUUAUUAAAAUUAAAAAUUGAAAUUAAAAAAUUUUGGGUUUUAUUAAUUAAUGAUAUGACGAAAUUGGGUUCACCGAAAAUUUCAAAUAGACCAAAUUUAUUACUAUUAAUGUCUCGUGUACUAUUAGAUUUUACCAAUAAUGAUAAUGAUGAUAAUCAAUCAUUGGCAUUAAUAUCUCCUUCUUUAGGAAUCAAUAAGGUAUCACCUAUUUGGCAUGAAAUAUUAACAAGUUUAUCAAUCAUUGAAAAAGAUGUUAAAAUAGUAUGUGAAGGUGAUGAAGGAAUAGAAGAAAUUAUUGAAAAUAAAAAUUUGGAAGCAGCAGCUACUUCACCAAAUAAUACCUUUAAUAAUAGUUCAAUACAUUUGAUUUCUCAUAUUGAUAAAUUAUUUAGUGAUAGGAUAGAAAUAUUUGGUAUUGUGGAAAUGAAUAGGAAUGGCGUUAUGAUGGGAUUAAUUAAAAUUUUAUUAAAGGAAUGGGUGGAAAUGAUUAGACUACAAUUAUUGACAAAUCGAUCAUUUCAACAAAUUCAACUUGAUUCUGAAUUUGUUAGAAUAAAAUUUUGGAAAUUUAUUGAUGAUGAAAGAUUAAUAAAUACAAUGUUACAAGAAUUAACUUCAAAUGCUUUCAGAAGAUGUGUUGAAGAUCCUUUGCCAUUAGAGAAUUCGGUGAUCAAAAGAAUUAUUUCUUCCUCUUAA